AAGGGACGCGCCGACGAGGGGAACGUCCACUUCCGGUGCCCCUCCUCUCCCCCUCCCGUGGGAAAACGGACUUUGAUUUUCCCACGCGGCGGCCUCCGGAGCGUCCGGCGGGAGUGCGGAGCGCCUUGCGGGUGCGCGGCCGAGCAGGGGCCGCCCUGGGCGGGAGGCGCAAGGAAAGGAAGCGAGGCUGGAGCACCGGCUCGGAGGUGCCCAGUCAGCGGAGAGAACAAAAGGCAGGGGAGGCCCCUGAAUUUUGAGGUGCGGUUGCUGACUAGCACCCCAAUGCACCUCCUGCUUUGCAGGAAUGUUCACAUGCUGCGCUCAACGAUUUUGCAGUUUUGUGCACCCAGAAGAAGAAACCCGAGUUGCCAGCUGCAAUUCCAUUUUGCUGGAAAUACCUUCCCAUCGGGUGGACGUCCUGGUUACUCUCAGAAGGACCUUGCUUACCUUUGCUGGACUGGAACCCUAAUUUGAAAAUUCAUACACAGAGAAAGUGACAACAAAGCAAGGAAGACCAUUCUGUUCUCGCUGGGUGCUGUGCUAGAUUGCGAAUGGAAGAACAGGACUCUGCCAGCCCUGAUCCGGAAUUAAGCUGCCUUGCCACCCAGUCUGGGACCAGAGGGGAAUUCUGGGAAAGGAGCCUGCAGAAGAUGCCGGACCAAAAAACCCUCUCUUUGGAUGUACGUUGCUGGAGGUUCAGGCAUUUCUGCUACCAAGAGGCUGAGGGACCAAGAGAGGUUUGCCGCCGACUCCGCCACCUUUGCCAUCAGUGGCUGAAGCCGGAGAGGCACAACAAGACCCAGAUCUUGGACCUGGUGAUCCUGGAGCAGUUCCUGGCUGUCCUCCCCCCGGAGAUGGAGAACUGGGUCAGAGAUUGUGGGCCGGAGACCAGUGCUGAGGCAGUGGCCCUGGCAGAAGGUUUUCUCCAGGGUCAGGCAGAGGACGACAGGCAGGAAGAGGUGUCGGGGCAGCUUCUGGAGGCAGUGAUGACUUUCCCCAGGAAAGAGGCACCUUCGUUGCGAAAUUCCCAGCGGCAGAUCGAUGGGGAGAUUUAUCCAGAGAAGAAAGAGGAAACCAGUCUGAUGGGUAAUAAUAGGCAGGAGAGCGAGGAUGAGGCGGAACCUUGGGAAGUAUCAGCAAAAAGAGACGAGCGUCUGGAGAUGCCCAAGAAAGCUGAAGCUCAAAAUUCCCCGGUGAUGGAGGAGGGAAACGCAGUGGAGAAUUGGUGGGGUGAUCACGAUGGGGAUUCCUCUAUGAUCCCAGUUCAAAAUGAGAAAAACAGUGGGAAGAGAGAGUAUAAGUGCCCUAAAUGUGAGAGCACCUUCAGUAGUGAAUUAAACCUGGAGGGACACCAGCGAACUCACACUGGGGAGAAGCCAUAUACGUGUCUGGAGUGCGGAAAGAGCUUCAACUGGAGCACGAAUCUGAUUAGACAUCAGAUAAUACACAGAGGGGAGAAACCUUACAAAUGCACAGAGUGUCGGAAGAGCUUCAACUGGAGCACGCACCUUAUAAGACAUCAGAGAAUCCACACCGGGGAGAAGCCGUACAUAUGCCUGGAGUGCGGGAAGAGUUUCAGUUCGAGCACAAGCCUAGCGUACCACCAGAAAACCCACACGGGGGAGAAGCCGUACAGGUGCUCAGACUGCAGCAUGAGCUUCUGCGUCAAGUCCAGCCUUAUGAGACAUCAGAGAAUCCACACGGGGGAGAAGCCGUACGGUUGCUUCGACUGCGGGAUGAACUUCACGGCCAAGUCGGACCUCACUCUGCACCAGAGAGUCCACACGGGGGAGAAGCCGUACAGAUGCUCCGAGUGCGGGAAGAAAUUUGGCCGGAGGAUAAACCUCACUUCCCAUCAGAGAACCCACACGGGGGAGAGGCCAUACAAAUGCUCAGAUUGCGGGAAAAGCUUUCGCAACACGUCGCACCUCCUUCGGCACAAGAGGAUCCACACGGGAGAGAAGCCUUAUAAGUGCCUGGCUUGCGGGAAGCAGUUUGGUCGGUGCGAGCAACUCGCUUCCCAUCAAAGAAUUCAUAUUAGGGAGAAUCCCUAAAAGCGCAUGGAAAACGUUUCAGUCAAAAUGCUGCCCUCACUUCACAUCAGAGAAGUGCGCUCACAUAAAAGAGUAUAAAUAGACUCCAGGAG